AUGUCUGGCAGAGCCUCAUUCGCCUUCACUAUGAGGGGAAUCGUAUUUUUACUAGCGCUCACCCUUGUAGGUAGCCAGAAGUUUGACUUUGACCCUGGAUUCAGUAGUAGGAAGAGCUACUUGUACAGCUAUGAAGGCUGGGUGUUGAAUGGGCUUCAAGAAAAGAAUUUAGCCAAAGCUGGCGUACGCCUGAGCAGCAAAGUAGAGAUCAGCGGGCUAUCAGAAAACACUUACCUCCUCAAGAUCCGCCCUCCACAAUUUGAGGAAUACAAUGGCAUCUGGCCCAGAGACUCGUUCGCUCGAUCUUCCAAAAUCACCCAGAUGGUUUCCUCAUGCUUUACCCAGCCCUUCAAGUUUGAAUACAAUAGUGGACGGGUUGGAAACAUUUAUGGCCCGGAAGACUGUCCCAAUACUUGCAUUAACAUAGUGAGAGGAAUACUGAACAUGAUACAGAUAACCAUUAAAAAGUCACAGAAUGUGUAUGAAUUGCAAGAGGCUGGAAUUGGAGGUGUUUGCCAUACAAGGUACAUCAUCCAGGAAGACAGGAAGAACAGCCGGGUCUCUGUUACCAAAACCGUAGACCAAAAUAAUUGCCAGGAAAAAGUGGUGAAGAAUGUUGGAAUGGCUUACAUCUAUCCUUGUCCUGUUGACAUGAUGAAAGAAAGGCUCGUAAAAGGGACUGCAGCUUUCUCCUACAAACUGAAGCAGUCAGACAGUGGUACCCUGAUCACGGAGGUGGUGUCUCAGCAGGUGUAUCAGUUCUCACCACUCAGUGAACCUACUGGUGUUGCUGUCAUGGAAGCAAGACAACAACUCACCUUGCUUGAAGUGAGAAGUGAACGGGGCAGCUCCCCAGACCUUUCCAUGCAGAGCUAUGGAGGCCUGCGUUACCAGUUCCCAGCAGAAUUGCCACAGAUGCCAUUGCAGCUAAUCAAGAUGAAAAACCCUGAGCAACGGAUAGUUGAAAUACUGCAACACAUAGUCCUGAAUAACCAACAAGAUUUCCAUGAUGAUCUUCCAUACCGAUUCCUGGAACUUGUCCAGCUCUGCCGGAUAGCAAGUGCUAACGUGCUGGAGUCCACCUGGAGACAAUGUUCAGAUAAACCCCGCUAUAGGCGAUGGCUGCUGAGUGCAGUUUCUGCAACAGGCACCACAGAAGCACUCAAAUUCAUUAAGAGCAGAAUCCGCAAUGAUGACCUUAACCACCUUCAGGCUCUUCUAAGUGUUUCCUUUGCUCUCCAUUUAACCAAAGCUGAUGAACACACUGUUCCAAUAGCAGCAGAUUUAGUGACCAGUUCUCGAAUCCAGAAAAGUCCCCUACUUCAACAAGUUGCUAGCUUGGCAUACAGUUCUGUGGUCAAUAGAUACUGUUCUCAGACCUCAGCUUGUCCUAAAGAAGCUCUCCAGCCCAUCCACGACCUGGCAGAUGAAGCGAUCAGCAGGGGCCGUGAAGACAAAAUGAAAUUAGCUCUGAAGUGCAUUGGCAACAUGGGAGAUCCAGCCAGCAUCAAGCGCAUCCUGAAGUUCCUUCCCAUAUUUUCAUCCAGUGCUCCUGAUAUCCCCAUCCACAUUCAGAUUGAUGCCAUAAUGGCCUUGAGAAAAAUAGCUUGGAAAGACUCCAAAACUGUGCAGGGAUAUCUCAUCCAGAUCCUUGCAGAUCAGUCGCUUCCCCCUGAGGUGCGCAUGAUGGCUUGUGCCGUUAUCUUUGAGACAAGACCUGCCCUUCCUUUGAUAACAACGAUAGCCAAUGUGGUGAUGAAGGAGAGCAAUUUGCAAGUGGCAAGUUUCAUGUAUGCCCACAUGAAGGCUUUGGCAAAAAGCAGGUUGCCGUACACGUACAACAUAUCUUCAGCUUGCAAUAUCGCCCUGAAGAUGCUGGCCCCCAGAUUGGACAGGCUGAGCUAUCGGUAUAGCAAGGUGAUACGUGUUGGUGCUUACUUCGAUAACUAUAAAGUUGGUGCUGCUGGAGACGUCUUUAUUAUGAACAGCCCAGGAACAAUGUUCCCAUCAGCAAUAAUUUCCAAGCUGAUGGCAUAUUCUGCAGGGUCAGUGGCUGAUUUGGCGGAGGCUGGUGUCCGCGUGGAAGGCCUCACAGAUGUCAUCAUGAAACGAAAUAUCCCAUUUGCUGAAUAUCCCACAUACAAAAAGAUAAAGGAGAUUGGAAAAGCUCUGUUGGGAUGGAAGGAGCUGCCAACAGAAACCCCCUUGAUAUCAGCCUACUUGAAACUCUUUGGCCAAGAGCUGGCCUACAUCAACAUCAAUAAGGAAGUCCUACAACAGACUGUGAAGACUGUGCUAGAACCUGCUGACAGGAACACAGUGCUGAAGAGGCUCAUUAACCAAAUCCACAGUGGCAUUGCAGGACAAUGGACACAACCAGUGUGGCUGGGAGAGCUGCGAUACAUCGUGUCUACCUGCACCGGUCUGCCACUGGAGUACGGGUCAUACACGGCUGCUCUGGCCCGGGCAGCAGUCAGCAUUGAUGGAAAGAUAACCCCCCCUUUAACUGGAGAUUUUAGACCUUCACAGUUGCUUGAAUCCACUGUGCAGAUUCGAUCUGACAUAAACCCAAGCUUGUAUGUACAGACAGUUGCAACAAUGGGUGUCAACACAGAAUACUUCCAACAUGCUGUUGAAAUUCAAGGCAAGGUCCUGACAAGAGUGCCAAUGAAGUUUGACACCAAGAUAGAUGUGAAACUGAAAAAUAUUAAGAUUGAAACAGAUCCAUGUCAUGAGGAAACUGAGAUAGUGGUUGGAAGACAUAAGGCUUUUGCUGUAUCAAGAAAUAUAGGAGAACUAGGUUUUGAAAAGAGAACUUCAAUUCUCCCAGGGGAUGCUUCAUUAAAUAUUGUGGAAGAACCUUUCAAACCAUCAGAGAGAGCUUCCAGUGAAGGUUUCACAAAGCAAGAAGCCGACGGCAUGGCAAGGAAACAUGCUGAUAGCUCUCAAGAGGAUCUUCGCCAUGUCGCAGGAAGAAAAACCCAUAAACGAGACAUUUGUGUCAAAAUGCAUCACCUUGGUUGUCAGCUCUGUUUUUCCAGAAGGUCACGAGAUGCCAGUUUCCUAAAAAAUACAUAUUUGCACAGAUUAAUUGGAGAACACGAAGCUAAAAUAGUCUUGAUCCCAGUUGAAACAGAUGCUGAUAUUGACAAAAUUCAGCUGGAGAUUCAAGCAGGAUCCAGAGUGGCUUCCAAAAUAAUUCAAGAGGUAAACUCAGAGUCUAAGGAAGAAGAUGAACCAUCUCUAUAUAAGGACAUUCAAGCUAAACUGAAGAAAAUUCUAGGCAUUGAAAAUGUGUUCAAGGUUGCAAAUAAAACACGACACCAGAAGAAGCGACCUUCAAAGAAAGAAAACACUGUGCUAAGAGAGCGUGGGACAGACCCCGAUGCAAAACGUCCCUUCAGCUCAUCUUCUGCCUCCUCAGCUGCCUUCUCUUCCUCAUCAUCUGCUGUUUCUCCUGAUCAUAAAAAGGCUGUGGAUGAAGAUGAGAAUGAUCAAGAAAAGCAAGAUACAAGCAGCAAGAGCAGCAGUAGUGGCAGAAUUAGCAAGAGCAGCAAGAGCAGCAGCAGCAAGAGCAGCAGCAGCAAGAGCGGCAGCAGUAGCAGCAGUAGCGGUAGCAGCAGCAGUAGCAGUAGCAGCAGCAGUAGCAGUAGCAGCAGCAGUAGCAGUAGGAGCGGUAGCAGGAGCAGUAGCAGCAGCAGUAGCAGCAGGAGCGGUAGGAGCAGUAGCAGCAGCAGUAGCAGCAGGAGCGGUAGCAGCAGCAGUAGCAGCAGGAGCGGUAGCAGCAGCAGUAGCAGCAGGAGCGGUAGGAGCAGUAGCAGCAGCAGUAGCAGCAGGAGCGGUAGGAGCAGUAGCAGCAGCAGUAGCAGUAGGAGCAGCAAGAGCAGCAGUAGCAGCAGCAGUAGCAGUAGCAGCAGUCAUCAUAGCCAUGGGCAUCACUCAAGGCAUCUGAAUGGCAGCAGUAGCAGCAGCGAGUCAUUGAGCCGCUAUAGCCAUGGGCAUCAUUCAGGACAUUGGGAUGGCGACAGCAGCAGCACAUAUUCCAAAAUAUGGGAAGUUCAUGAGAUUUACCAGUACCGCUUUAAAUCAGCACAUAGACAAGAGUUCCCAAAAACAGAACUCCCAACUGACCGCCUUAGCAGCUCGUACUCUUCUACCAGAUCCAGUCGUGCCUCAUCUAGACCUGCUUCCCGGCCUAAGUUUUUGGGAGAUGUUAAAACACCAGUAUUAGCUGUUUUUCUUCAUGGCAUCCAUAACGAUAAGAAGAUAGGAGGCCUCCAGCUCGUGGUAUAUGCUGUUAUUGACUCCAUCAGGCCCCAGAUGCAGGUAUUUGUGUCAAACCUCACAGAUUCAAGCAAGUGGAAGCUCUGUGCUGAUGCUUCAGUCCUCAAUGCUCACAAGGCAGUGGCUUACUUGAAAUGGGGAGAGAAUUGCCAGGACUACAAGAUUUCGACUGAGCUGGUGACUGGGCGGUUUGCUACCCACCCUGCUGUACAAGUGAAACUUGAGUGGCCUAAAGUUCCUUCCAGUGUGAGAUCCAUAGCUGAAUGGUUUUACAAGUUCAUCCCUGGGGCUGCACUUAUGCUGGGGUUCUCUGAAAAAACAGACAAGAAUCCUUCUCGACAAGCCAGAGUGAUCGUGGCUCUAACUUCUCCAAGGACAUGUGAUGUUGUUAUCAAGCUUCCUGAUAUUAUCCUCUAUGAAAAAGCCAUGAGGCUUCCCCUGUCACUUCCUGUAGGUCCGAGGAUACCAGCCUCAGAGCUGCAGCCUCCCAUCUGGAAUGUCUUUGCUGAAGCUCCCUCUGCAGUGCUCCAGAAUUUGAAAGCUCAGUGCUCAGUUUCCUACAACCAGAUCACAACCUUUAAUGAAGUUCAGUUUAACUACACGAUGCCAGCAAACUGCUACCACAUCUUGGCUCAGGAUUGCAGCUCUGACCUUAAGUUCCUGGUGAUGAUGAGGAAUGCUGAAGAAGCUGUGAAUCUAAAAGCAAUCAACAUCAAGCUUGGCAUUCAUGACAUUGAUAUGCGUCCUGCAAACGGACGGGUGAAGCUGCUGGUAGACGGAGUUGAAAGCCCCAUGACAAAUGUUUCAUACACAUCUGCUGGUGCUUCUCUGUGGAUCCACAGUGAAAAUCAAGGGCUUGUACUUCUCGCCCCAGCCUAUGGCAUUGAUAAAUUGUACUUUGAUGGAUACACAUUCAGGAUUCAAGUUGCUUUAUGGAUGGCAGGGAAAAUGUGUGGAAUAUGUGGAAAAUAUGAUGGUGAAUGUGAAGAGGAAUUUCGGAUGCCCAACGGAUAUGUAGCUAAAAAUGCAGUGAGCUUUGGGCAUUCUUGGAUUUUGGAAGAAAAGCCUUGUAGAGGAGUCUGCAAACUGCGACGCUCAUUUGUGAAGCUUGAGAAGACAGUUCAACUCGCCGGUGUAGAGUCCAAGUGCUAUUCCACAGAGCCAGUGCUGCGCUGUAUGAAAGGAUGCUCUGCCACCAAGACUACUCCAGUCAGUGUUGGCUUCCACUGUCUCCCUGCUGAUUCAGCUACCAGCCUGACAGACAAACAGACGAAGUUUGACCAGAAGUCAGAGGAUAUGCAGGACACUGUUGAUGCACACAUAGCAUGUUCUUGUGAGGACGAAGACUGCAGUGCGUGAAGCUGUACAUUGCAGCAUGGGAAAAACCAGAAACACUUUCAUGUUUUUAUUAUAUGGUGUAAAAAGCCUCAGCUAAAGGAAUAAUAGAGACACUAAAUUGUUUGAGGAUGUGUGGAAUCUUCUCAAGUAAUUUAAAGUAUUAAACUUAAUUAUUGUAGAAACUGUUAUGAUUGCCCAUAAAUAUCUGAUCUCAUAAUAAAUCCAUGCAUGGAAAAAAUUA